AAUACAAUUAGUAUACAAAUAAUACUUCCUGAUUCAAACUUACAAGACCAACCAAACUAGUGAAAGUGACUCCUCAUUGAAUAAAAACGAACAAUUCCAAAACAGAGUCGGUGCGGAAAUGGUGUCUCGUUAUUUUACAGCAUGUUAUUACAUUUAUUUUACGAGGACUUACAACUCAGAAGUCUAUAAAAUGUUUUACAAGCAUUGAGUGUAUGACAUACCUUAUGACGAUAUCUUGUAAGAGUUUACAUGCAUAAUAUGCUAUGGCAUCAAUGUUGAGUGGUGGUUGUGAAAUAAAUGUGUGUAUUAAUCUGUUGACGUAAAAAAAAAAUAGUCCGGCACCACCCUCAACCGUAUGCACAUUCAAAAUGCCCAGGAACACAGAAUUUCUUAAAGUUUUGCAUUUGUUCUCCUUAAACAUUCGGUUUUAUUAGCACUCUUGAAUAAAUAGCCAAAUUAAAUUUAGGCCUACCGUUACCAGCGGACUGAUUUACUCACUGUAUUGGUAAAUAUGAUCACGUGAUUCAUGUAACCAAUCCCUGAAGAUGAAGCCAGCAAAAAUACUAUGAUUGUUCAGAGGGAAGGUUUCCGUAACAGUGUAACCUUUUAUAUGACUACGAAGGGAUCCAAAUAUGUCGACCAGUAGCACUCUAAGUAACUAUUAUGUGGACUCUAUAAUGGGGCAUGAAGUGGAGGAUGUGUACGGGGCGCGCUUUGUCCAGGGUCCGCACACUACGACCUCAAGGCCAUCAGGUGUUGGGGACAAUGCAGAUUUUUCCUCCUGCAGUUUUGCACCCAAGUCAGCCGUUUUCCCAGGGUCUUGGUCCUCGGUUCACCCGCAGUCCACUGCCGCAGUGUCAGGGAUUUACCAUCCUUACGUCCACCAGUCCCAUCUCUCCGCAGCAGACAGCAGAUAUGUUCGGUCCUGGAUAGACCCCAUUUCUAACGUUUCUUUCUCCAGCUUUCACUCUAACAGUCGGCAUUAUGGAACAAAUGGAACCAAGCCCGAAAGUUUACCACUGAAAAGGACUGAGAGUGCCACUUUUGAGACAGAGACUCCGGUGGUCGCCCCUGGCCCUGAUUACGCAUGUGGAGUAUCCGAAUGCCCGGGAAAAGUAACCAAAGAGAGCGUUGGCAGUGAUAUGUCGAGUCACAGCGAGCCUAAAGAAGAGAAACAACAACAACAACUUGACCCAAACAACCCUGCAGCAAACUGGAUUCAUGCACGUUCAACAAGGAAGAAGCGAUGUCCAUACACAAAAUAUCAGACACUAGAACUGGAAAAAGAAUUCCUCUUCAACAUGUAUUUGACACGAGAUCGACGAUACGAAGUUGCUCGAAUUCUCAAUUUAACUGAAAGGCAGGUCAAAAUCUGGUUCCAGAACAGAAGAAUGAAAAUGAAAAAAAUGAACAGAGAGAGGGGCAGUAAGGAUCACUUAUAACUAGAUUGGAUGUAGUCCCUCGCCCUUUUGAUGUAUCAUAUUGUUGUGAUUACUUAGAAUAAAACUUUAGUUGGAGCUUAGGCUAUGCAUUUUUGUGUUGACAUAUCAAAUGGAAAGGUUGACUCAGCAUGCCCGGAAAUAUGCUUUCUUUCUUUUUUGUUUUAAUCAAAGUAAAUGUUCAGUCUUAAAUGAAUUACUUUAUUGAUUAACCAGAGCUCGAGUAUUUAUGCCUAAUAUGAGACCAGGGAAUAUGCUUGCGUAUAUAGUUUUCAUAGUCAUGUAGCCUUUUAGAAAAAUCAAAUGUUUUCAGACGUUGCAUUUAUGCUUAUAUUUCAGUGAAAGAAUCAUCACCCAAAUUGGAAAUUAUUUAACUUACUAACAAUGUAGAGGCCGACUGAUUAUGUUUGUCCAACUAGGACUAGAACUUAAAACUAAAGGGUCAUGUUUUUGAGUAUUUAUGAUAUUUUCAUCGUGUUUUUUCUGAGGUUGCUAGUUUUGAAAAUAAACAAGAUAUAGGGCGUAGCCUUAAUCGUUACAUAGGCUAAUAUUCCUGCAUUUUUACAAUACAAUUCCGGCUGUAUUUAACCAUUAAGUUUUUCUUACAUCAGCUCUUCUGCUCAGUGGUUUUGCUGUGGUUGUCCCUGUAUAGACAUGCUUGUUAUUAGCCUAGCUACGUUGUAUUUGAAAAUUUAUAUAUAUAUAUAUAUAUAUAUAUAUAUAUUUGAGAUGCAUUGCUGUAUAUAGUUAUUCCUGACGCUGUGAACACCAAUUCAACAACGUGUAUUAGCCUACUCUUAAUAUAAAGCUAUAGGGUAGUGUAGGCCCCAUCGCAUCAAUGCAGUAGUUUGUAAGAAUUGAGAGGGAGGACUAAUAACGCCCAAUUGCAAACGUAAUUAGAUGGGGUGAUGAGGGAAGACGUAGGAUUAAUGAGAAAGUUUCUUUCACUUAAAUACAUUUAUUUUGAUGAAUCUGUAUGAGCCUAGAGAUUGAAUGAUUGGACAUUUGGUUGUCUUUUUUUAAGGUCAGCAGAAUGAAACAUCUAAAGGUGCCACUUGGUGUGGUGAACUACCAUUUCAGAAUUGUUUUCCUAGUUUGAAUUUGGCAUACAAGGUGGUUGGAUUUCAAUUGAAAAGUAGGAGAAUGAACAUUGUUUAAAGAGACUAGUAAUAAAGAAUUUAUGAUUGGGAGA